AUGGUACGGCUCUUUACCUUCAUUAUUGACGAGCACUACGACUUCUAUCAUGCCAUCUCUCGCAACCUCAUCUCGAGGCCGGAACUCGCUCACGAACUCUCAACAAGGUGGCUUUACCGCAAUCAGGUAAACGAAACGAUCGCGCACCGUCUCUACAAGGUCACGCAGCUCCCAGGUUACACUGGGAAUCUGCUGCACGGUCGCCGUCCAGGUCGCGACCUGGCGUCUUCGUUUGGGUUGCCUCUCCCGACGUGGGCAGCAUGGAGCAAUGGUGCCACUCUACUACCGCGCAACGAGGCUCGCACUGACGACGACGAGAGUGACGAUGACGAGGAUGUACCAGGGAUGGAGGGUGAACAAGAGGCUGCACAAUUCCUUACUCACUACUCAAACUCUGCCACUCUCGGCUUCCGUCUCAUGGUCACGGUUAAAACCUAUCAUGCAAUGAGCAGAGCAGUUGCUCUCCCAUUCGAGCAAUGCUCGUUCAACCCACUUGGCAUUCGAUCUGUGUGUACUCACUGGGGGCGCAACGACAACUACCGCAAGAACCACGAUAAGUUUGACAAGAUGGACAUGCUAUACUUCAUCAUCGACUGCCACAAGGACGGCAAGCACGUUCCCCCUCGCGGGGAGUUCCACAAACUCUUCUUCACCACGCGGGAGCACAAUACGUCGGACUCGGAGGGGUAUGUGGAGAAAAUGGCAUUUAGGAUUAUGUUCGAGGAGAUCGUAUAUGACGUGGAGAUCAUCUUCCGUCGCGGCGUCAUUCUUCGUGGUUGGCUCCUCAGCGAGUUCAAGAACCCAUCUGAGCUCAGCACCAGCAUUCCCCCUCUCAAAGCACAGUGGCAAGCCCUUCAGUCGGGUGCCUGUCGUUGGGAGAAGACCACCCCCGAAGAGCGUGAGAAGCUCAAGGCAUCCUUCGCCGAGAAGCUUGCGGGCGGGCAGGUCAAAAAGCGGAAGGAGCGCUUGGACAAGGGAAAGAAGCACGCGCGGCCCAAGAAGUCGAGGGCCAAGGGCAAGGGCAAGGAGGCGGCAACGGCGGCGGCAGUGGCGAUGGCGGGCGGUGAUGUGGAGAAGGAGAGCAGUGACGACGACGAGAGCGGAGAUGACGGCGAGGGUCAAUCACGCAAGCGUCGCCGUGUCGCAGAACCGAAGAGCGCUGAGUUUGUCCCCGGCGAUGCGGACAACUAG